AUGUCACGGCAGCAACGCGCACAUGGGGCCACCUUGGCAAAUACUGCCAUCUCGCCGGUUCCUGGUACGACUGUAACCACCUACACAGGUUCCACUGUCUCACUGCCCGUCGCACGGCGGAAACAGAACAUCGCGGCGGGGUUGGUGCCAUGUCCAAUACGGCAUCAAGGAUGGGUCACAGUAAGGGAAGGCAGCUUUAUCACAGCCUGGAAGGACAGAUACUUGGUCCUCAGCAGAGAGUGGCUCGACUUUUGCAAGACAGAAGGAGGCAAGUCGGUGUACACACUCUUUUUGAACGAUGUUGUCGGCGUUGGUCGCGUCGAAACUGGUACCCCGAUUCUGGAAAUUAAGAGGAAAGCCGAUGGAACUUCAUCUAGCCCUGGCGAGAAGGAGGGUGGCAUGCGCAUCUUGCACGUCAAGACCAAAACGGAGGAUGAAUUAUACGGCUGGAUUGACUUUAUAUAUACGGCAUGUCCGGGAUUAGGGGGGGUGAGCAAUCCCACCAACUUUUCGCAUGCAGUACACGUUGGGUUCAAUCCAACUAGUAAAGAAUUCGUCGGCCUGCCCCACGAAUGGGCUCAGUUGUUAAGUGCGUCGACAAUAACGAAAGAGGAUUACGCACGAAAUCCACAAGCCGUUAUCGAAGCUGUCGAUUUUUAUUCCGAUCUGACAAAAAAGUCUAACAAUCCCGAACAGUAUUUGGCACUGUCACCAACCCGAGCAACCCGAUUGCUCGAGGAGCUGAACGAGGCUUCUGGCAAGGAUCCAACUAUUCCAGCUCAAACUAAUGAAUCUCCUCGUCCUCUGGAGAAUGCAUAUACUGCAUAUGGCGGCCACGUGAAACUCACAUUCCAACAGCACGAACAGAGGAGAGAACGAAGCCAGGAGAGACGGCCCAACAUACCUUUCAAGCAUAUAGCCGUAUCUCCUCCUCGAACCCCCGGGAAAGCUACACGAAAGGCUACACAGGACACCCAGCUGUUACACCCAGCACCAUUGGCUCCGAAGUUGCGACGGGUACCUGCUCAGCCGGUUCGGCCUAUCGCCCAGCAGCCAGAUGCGGAUACAGCUACAGCAAACCCGGCGCUCGUCCCGCCUGAGGUCUGUCCUAAACAUGAUUUGCAGCCAGCCCAAGACCCCGGGUUAACGCCUAUUCCUGUUCCGUCAAUGCUAAGACAGACUAUUCGACAUCAAACUACGUCAGAGGCUGAGCUCAUUUCCAAGUUACAGACAGUUGUGUCUUCAGGAAAUCCAGAUGACUCAUAUGCUAGACAGAAGAAGAUUGGGCAGGGUGCUUCCGGCUCCGUAUAUGUUGCCAAGAUCAAGGCCACGGCUGUUGGGACUGCUCGCGACAUUAUUCUCGAUCGAGGCUUGAAUACUCGGGUUGCAAUUAAAGAAAUGGUUCUUGCACGUCAAGCUCGCAAGGAACUUCUUGUGGAUGAGAUUAUGAUUAUGAGGGAGAACCGACAUGAGAACAUUAUCAACUUCCUCGAGGCAUUCCUCGUCAACGAGAACAGACAACUAUGGGUUGUGAUUGACUAUAUGGAUGGUGGUGCAUUGAACGAUAUUAUAGACAAUAACUCAACAAUUUCCGAAAGACAUAUGGCAACCAUUUGCAGAGAGACUUGUAAAGGGCUACAGCAUCUUCACGCGAGAUGUGUCAUUCAUCGAGAUAUCAAGAGCGACAAUGUUCUCAUGGACAGCCGAGGAAACAUCAAGAUCACCGACUUUGGAUUCUGUGCCAAACUCAACGAACGAAGAUCUAAGCGUGCCACCAUGGUCGGCACCACAUAUUGGAUGGCCCCCGAAGUGGUUCGACAAAAGAAGUACAGUUACAAGAUUGACGUAUGGUCCUUGGGGAUCAUGGCUAUUGAGAUGGCAGAAAUGGAGCCGCCAUAUAUGGACGAGCAGCCUUUACGGGCACUGUAUCUCAUUGCCACGUCCGGGACACCGCCAUUGCGCCAUCCGGACAAACACAGCCCGCUGCUCAAGUCAUUCUUGGCGAGAUGUCUAAGGGUCGAUGCUGAGCAGCGUGCCUCGGCGGAUGCAUUGCUGGAGCAUGAAUUUUUAAAGUCUAGGGGUAAUGUGAGCGAACUGGUAGAGCUGUUGGCGUAUAAAAGUGAGACUUAA